AUGGCCACACUGGUGACACAAUAUGGCACCUUCCGACGGUUUGGGCUCCAUCUCUUGACUGUCGUUGGUCUGAGCUGCUUCCUUGUCUUCCUGUAUCGUGAUUUUACUCGUACCGCUGGCAUCUCGCACGACCUCUUCCCUGCACCCCUGGAUGCACCAGUGCCCACUCCCUCCCCACUGCAGCCACCGCAGCCACCGCCAAACACGGUUCGACAACCCUGCAUUGGACCCAGAGGCAGGCCCGUGCAGGAGAAUCUCGAUGACAGAAUAUGGGCGAGUUCGCUAGACUUGCCCUUCCCUGAACCUGUGGGAGGCUCUUAUGCGGCCUUGGACCUGCCACUUACCGUCAACACCCCUGAGUCGAGAUACGGUCCCUAUGGAUAUGAUGAAGAGUCGGAGAGGUCCCAUCGGGUUCGCGUGCAGUGGAGCUUGGUGAACUGGGCGGAUUUGCAAAAUGACUGUCUCGCUGCGAACCAGGACCGCUUUCACAAAUCGAAAAACAUCUCCACGGCAAGGAGGUUUGGGUUGCCUGCAAAAACUCGCUCUGGAGAAUUAAAGACAAGGACAUACUCGACAGGCAGGACGGCGAUUGUGCUUCGCAGCUGGAAAGGUUAUAAUUACACUUCAUUGGACCUGUAUCAUCUGCGGUCAUUGAUCGUCGAGGCUGGAUUGGAUUCCAAUGCGGACAAUGCUGUCUUUCUGCUGGUGGACGUCAAGGACGAAAACGAAACGAGGCGGAUAUUCCAUGAUUCGCAAAGCUACGAGAAGGCUUUACAUGAUUUGGUGCCUGCCGAGUUUCGAGACAUCGCCGUCCUCUUCAACCACGACUUGCUCGAGUCAUGGUAUCCUCGAAUUCCUGAACAUUCAGCUUUCUUCCAAGUCUACCAGCCCCUUCAACUGUUCGCACAACUCUUCCCUGACUUUGACCACUAUUGGCAGCUUGAGAUGGAUAUGAAGUUCACAGGAAAUUCUGGGCAAUGGUUGGACGCGAUGGCAAGGUUUGCACGGAAGGAACCACGGAAACAAUCAGUCGAGCGGUCUUCGUAUUAUUACAUGCCACAGAUCCACGGAUCUUAUGAAGAAUUCAGGGCAGCCAUCGACGAAAGCCUGGGUGGUGGUGGCAUCUGGGGACCUGUCCGGAUUCCUGACAUUCGACAUCCCAUCGGUCCUCAGCCACCUGUCGCCGACCCCCGUGAGGACAAUUUCGACUGGGGUGUUGGGGAGGACGCCGACCUCAUUCUCACGAAUGCCUUGGCGGAUGUGAGAAGCACGAAGUACUGGCCGUUCAAGGGUUGGAUCCAUGGGUUUCAGGACGGGGAAGACACACCACGAUUCUACAGUCCGGUGGCCAUGGGGAGGUAUUCAUGGAACCUGCUCAAUGCAAUGCAUCACGCCCAAGUUCAUCAAGGUUUGUCUUUGUCGUCGGAGGCGACCGCCGUGUCAUUUGCCCUGUACCAUGGCUUGAAAGUUAUUUUCCCGCCUCAUCCCUGGUUCCACCACCCUCAGGCACGUCGGGAAGUGAGCGUUCAGGAACUAGGACAGCUGUUCAACGGUGGUACGCCUGCCGAAAACACUGGGGAUAACAACGGCCUGUCAUUUGGAAAGGCUAUGUACGAUCCCAACGGUGUCUACGAGCUCUUUAAUGGAGGGACGUGGUGGUGGGUACCUGGCUAUCCGGGAAGAACAUUCAAGCAAUGGAUGAAUCAUGAUGCAACUGAUAUGCCUUCGAUGCUACGCGAAGAUGGAGGCAAGAUCUGGGCACCUAUGUUGGCUCUACAUCCGGUGAAAUCAGGCGCUAACGCAUGA